CACCUAUCCGCACUUUGCCAACCCACUCUCAACCCACUCUCAACCCCCUCCACCCCUUCCAUUGCCUGCUGCUGGCCACGCAGUUGCUGCAGUUGCUGCUGCGCUGUUGAUGCUGUUGCUCUUGCUACUGCGCGUGUUUGGUGGCUCAAUACCUCGGCGGCGUGGUACAUGUACCGUCCCUUGCCAGGUCGUCUCGUCUCGUACCUGAGCAGCUCCGCACCUGCACUACGGCAGGUAGUAUUGCUGCAUACCUACCUGCCUGCGAUCUCUCCGAAACUGAAACCCCUUGCUUCUCUCGAACAACCCAACGUCGAAUCUCACCCCAUUCGGGCUGAAGCCACCAACCGCCAUUCAGUCACGGUCACAGCCCGCCAUUUGUCGACGGCAGGAACCACCAGCUGUAUCUACUUCUAUCUCGACCCUCGGGCCGAACGUCGACCAUUUGCCUCGCCUUAGCCAGGUUAUCCAUUCCAUACAAUCCACCACCACCUGCCUCACUCACGCAGGCUGUUCUUUACUCGACCUGGCAAUCUUCGACUGCCAAAGAAAAAGAAAAGGAAGAAACAUAUCACACCUUCCACGUGCGAGUACAGACCCCAGGGUAUCUUCAUCGGAUGCCCGCGAUUCCUCGAGUAUUCCUACCACCAUCUCUAUGAGUUCGCGAUUGCCGUCCGACGACAACGGCCUCUAAUCAUGGAGAACGAACCGCCUUCCGCUACCACUUCGAAGCGGGGUCGUCUAAUGGGCAAGCUCUUCGCCUUGAAGGAGAAGGAUCGCAAGCCAACGGCCGAAGAAACGGGAAGCAGCAUCAACGACUUCCUCAAUGGUCCCUCCGAUACUCUACAGGUCGCUCACGCGGCGCCCGCCUCUGCCCUUCCGACUCUAUCGAAGCUCGACACGACAUCCGCCACCCGAUACCCUCAAGCACUGUCCGUCGCUAGCCACUCUCAGCAGAGCCUGACCCUGCCGUACCAUCCCGCGCGCAGCCCUGGACAUAGUCCUGGCAUCCCACCUCGGAGCCCACGGCGCAACAACAGGAAGGGACUGACUGUCCGCUUUGUGGAUACCUACCCUGAGAUCAUUGGCGAAGGUGGCGACGAGUCGGAAAUCCCCUCCAUCGAGGUGUCGAGACGCAAGAAGCAGCGCCCCCCUCCGUCUCCCAAUCGCAGACCCAUCGCUGCUGUCCACGAUUCUCCGCCCAGUGCGCCCAGUGCGCCCUCUGCGCCUAAGGAUGACUCCGACUUCAUGCCCGGCCGUUUGCGACGGACUCAAACAGGUUACUCCUCCGUUGGCAACGAACCUGUUGAGCCCAAAGAGCCGCCUCCCGCCUAUAGGGAGGUCGCACCGGGUAAUGCUGUCUCAGCGCCUUACCUGGACACUCCUACCAACGUCAAGGAUGAGAAUCGCAAGUCUUUCAUAGAGCAUCAACAGGCCGAGAUGCGACAGGCCGAGGGCAGGGCGUUUGCGGAGGCUGCACGCUCUGCCAGCCAACCCUCGCACCCCGAGCGCGAGCAGUACGGGGGCCAAGCAUCUCUUAUACCUCAGAUAAACGAAUCUCCAACGAGAUCUCCAGUACCGCCCGUCAAGGUCCCCUUGCCGCCGAGAUCCCCAGAAGACCACAGAAAGCCCCCCGACCAGAGCCCGUCCUCUGUCUACUCAAGCAGCACUGAUCUCAGUCAGCCAGGCAACGUCAACUUCUCCCGACAGCCUUCCCUUAGCUCCCAGUACAACAUGGCCCCCCCUUCUGCUGCGCUCUCCUCCAGACAAGCUUCUUUCAACUUGCAUGAUGCUGUCUUGGCUGUGGGAGAAGACGCCCUUAACACAUUUGUUACACGCACUCGACACCUCAAUGAGCUCUUCAGACUGCAUGCCGAGACGAUCAAGCCCCUUUCAGCCUGCUCACAGAGUGAACUGGCCCGUGCUGCCCUGUGGUGGUUUUUGAAAGGCCGUAUGGCUCUGGAGAUUGCAGUGCGGGCGCGACCCAGCAGCCCCCAGGGCCAGAUGCAGAAUGACAUGGACCGCCAACAGGCCUACGCAAACCUUGCCAAGGGAUACUGGCUUUCCGAAGAGGCCAUCCCUGAGCUUUUGGAAAACAAGCAACUUGCCCCAGCCGCAGGCAUCAAUGAGAUCCGGUCAACGCUCGUGACGACACUUAAGAAGUUGGCUGUCUCGAUGAAGAGAAACGGCUCGCUUCCACCCGAGGAGGCGUUCCUGCCCCAGACCAUCGACAAGUCUAUCUGGGUUGAGUACCCAAGGCUCAGUGUUGACAUGAUCGCGCUUCUUACCGCCGACUCUUCUGCGGCCAUGACUGGCGUGGUCCGUACCCCUUCGCCCUUGGAGAUCUUGGAAACCCUGCCGCUUGGCGAUACGGGUGAAAACUUUACCUUCGGCAGAAUCACCACCGACGUGUUUCUCAUGGAGCAAGGCAUGGAUUCUCAGAGGUUCUACUUCCCCUGCCUGUUGACUAUGGUCCGACCGCAGAAGCAGCCAAACCUUGUCUUUGUCAUCGCCAGCCAACACGGAGAAGUGAACCUCCGAAUCCAGGGCAACAAGGCCGCUGGCCCGACAUGGGACGACGUUCGUUGGCGCAACGAGACGUGCUCACUCGAGGUCAAGCUGCCUCGAGGCUUUAUGAUUGUGGCGCAGUGCUCGCAGCAGGAUUACAGAAUGCUCUGGAGCAUGUACGACUUCGGUGCUAAGGUCCAGUCAACGCUUUUCCCUAGAGCAGAGGAGCAUUGCGUCUUCCGCUCCACGCUGCGAUCAUUUCAAUACUUCGACUCAGACCCUCAAGCCCGGGCGUUUCCAAAGGAGCCCGUGCAAGGUUGCGACGUGGCGCUUUUCGAAAGGAUUCACAAGGAGCAUGCUGCCGCCGGCCCUCGCGCAUACCAUCGCGGGUUCAGAAUUGCCGUUGUGAGUAGUCCUCUCACGAGAACACUCAGCGGCAUCAACCACAGCUACACGCCACAAAUGCCAAUUCCCUUUGGAUUCCUAAGAUCGGACGGAGGCGAGCCCGCCUUGUUGCUCAAGUACGACAACGGCCGCCAGAAGGUGACCAUGGCACUCUCGUUCGGCGAUGAGAGGGAGCGGUCCCAGUUCCACAACAUACUCGCGGGCACUUCUGUGCAAAAGGACGAGACCAUCUACGCAGAUGUCCCCCUGCUCGGUUUCUCCAUUUCAACGGGCCUCCAGGAUGGCAAGUAUCUACCAGGUGUCAGCCAGGUUCCCUGGACUUCCCUUCGAGUUAUCAACGAAGAUGCGGACGAAGACUAUCCGCGCACGGUGUUGUCGGACAGGCUGAGAGUUGUUGUUGAAUCCAAGCAAGGCUCAUUAACUGAUCGCGUGAACCUCCAGCCCGGCGAACUAAGGGUCAAACUGGAGGUCCAAGACACGAAGUCCCUGGUGGUAAUGCGUCAGCCGCAAUUCGAUAUGACUGCAACGGUGGCGGAUGGGUCUGUUGAAAAGGACGUGCCCAAGGCGAUGACCGACAUGCUUCAGAUGCUGCAGACGACUCAGAGUAUUCGCACUUACAGCUUCCCGACCCAGAGAGAUCUUCAUGCCUUCCAGGCUGCGUUGACGGGCUUCAGCGUCAUUUUUGAUGGCAUGGCAGCGACCUUUGCCAUAUCUCGUCGGCGAAUGGUGGUCCCCAUUCACAAGAAGUGGGAGGCGGGAUCGACUCGAGUCCAGGUGGUGCAGCAGGGCUCUAUCAUACAGCUGCUUGCCUUCUUCCCCGAUUUCCACCAUGGACAAUGCAUGAACUUUCAAUUGAAGGGCACAGAUGUUUAUGAAAUGAUUUCACGCAGCAGCAAGGCAGGCAUCAAGUUUGUUGAUGCCAAAUUCCCGUUACCCCGGAUGCCCAACAGCGGCGACGGUCCGUCGGACGAUAUGGGAUUUCUCUGCCUGGACCUUCCGGAUCUGCCGGGAGAACACGACGACAUCUCACUCCUUUUUGAGAACGAAGCGGAACGCGACCGUCUGUGUCAAUGUCUCCCGGCACCUGUCAAGGGCGCCUCAAGAUCUCUGAGAGGCAAAUGAGUCGAGGCGGACGGACCAGUCGAAUUAGUACGCAGCGAAUUGCGCGAAGGGGGAAAACACAUUAUCCAAAGCAUUGCAUUGGGAAGCAUAGUCUGGACAUUCGAAAUACGAGAUACCCAUCAGUCGGUUCAUCACAUUGCUUCGCAAACAACAGACGACAGUACCGGAGAGGUGGUUGACGCACGGGUGACGGACGCAACGAGGUGCUGUGGGCACGAGCCAGCGGGAAUGGUGUUAGUUUAUACCGAAGAUGACGAUUGCCCAGGGGUUUGGCCGAGGCGGCAAGUGUGGCCGGAAGACUCGGGCUUGACACCAGCCAGGCAGGUCGUGGGAGGGGAGGCUAGGCAUGUUGCCGAGAGUUUUCCAGGCAAUUUUUGUGAUUUUGGAGCAGCUCAACAAAAUGACCAGGUUUGCGGUCAGGUUUGUUUCUGCGUGGUAGGAUACGUUGUUGGUAUUAAGAUGAGGCAGGCAGGAGAGGAUAGGCAUGGCAUAAUGCGAUGUUCAUGCCGACAGUGUGCCUCGAGGUAGACAGACAAAUAGACAGCAGCCUGUCAAUGAUACGCGUAUCAUGACACAUGAAUGCAUAGGAACAAC